AUGGUCAAUAACAAGCGGCGUUCCUGCGAUGUCUGCUACAAGCGCAAGAUCCGGUGCGAUGCGGCCGACACUGGCACGACCUGCGACUGGUGUACCCACCAUAGCCUCAUAUGCACCUUUACUCCACGAAAGCCUCGCGCGCGCACGAGAAGGGGCAAGAGUCCUACCGAUGUGCCCAACAGGCCCGGCUCCGGCAAGGAGUCGUCUGUCUUGCAGUCCCCGCCAACAAGCACCUCGACUGCUUCUACACCGUACUCAACCGGCGGCGGCCAUGCAGACAGCGCAAGACUGCCGAUGCGCGGCCACAAGUGCUCCGUCUGCCAGGCCCGGCCGUCGACCCGUGCCAUGGGCAGGCCCAUAUCUCGCCUCCAAGACAUCUACCCCAGCCAGGACUUUGGCUUCGUCUGCCUGCUGACCGGCAUCCCGCACUUUUCAGACGGCUGCGAGGAGUGGGUGCAGCUGCGGACGGGGCUGACGCCGCAGUUUGACUUUCCUUCCUUUCAGCGCUGCAGCCUCGACGAGCUGUCGCCGCUCGCCGCGAGCAGGACGAGGCUGCCGCCGCGCUGGGCCUGCGACGCCAUGAUUGACGCCUUUACCAAGUCGGACCUGAUUCUCAUCUUCCCCAUCGUCGACGAGGUGCUGAUUGAGGAGACGGUCAACCUCGUCUACGCGACGGAUGGGACGCCCUCGCUGCAGCAUAUUAGCGCCAAAGCCUGCGUGCUGGCUCUGCUUACCUUGGCCUCGCUGCACUUUCCAGAAGUGAAGGCGACUAAAUAUGUCGACAUAGCAGCUUUUGCGAAAGCUUCGAAACUCCUCAUAGCCGAGUGUCUGGAAGACACAAGCCUGACAACACUGCAGACAUAUUUUCUAGUGAUGAUGUAUGACAUGACUGCGGGUCGGAUGCAGGCGGCAGCCAUGUAUAAUGCUUUGGCGUGCCGGGCCGUGUUUGCGCUGCGCGGACAUCAGCGUCUGUUCCCCAAUCCCAAGAAUCAGGUCCUCAGCAUCGAGGAGCGCGAGGACCGCCACAUCCGGCUGCUGUUCUGGAUGUGCUACUACACCGACAAGGACAUUUCGCUCCGCACCGGCCACCCGCCCGUCAUUGACGACGAGUUUUGCGACCUGACCCUGCCCGAGGGCCACGAAGAGACACGGUGGUGCGGCCGGACCCGCGACCCGAGCAGCAACGUCCAGGACCCCUUCUACCCGGGCGACAUGGAGCUGACGCGGGUCAAGUCCAAGGUCGUCUGCGCCCUGUACGGGAACAAGGCGUGGGAAAAGUCCGACGCCGAGCUCCUGCGCACGAUCCGCGAGCUCGACGUCGAGCUCGAGAACUGGCGGAGCUCCAUCCCGCGCGAGUUCGCGCCGCAGCUCUCGGUGCGCAAGGACGUCUCGCUCGCCAGCGACCUCAGCCGCUCCAUGACCAUGUUCCACCUCGAGCUGCACCUCGAGUACCACCACAUCCUCAUGGUCAUCCACGGCGCCAGCGGCCUGAGCGCCGCCGCCAACGCGCCCACGGGCACCAUACUGCCCGGCGUCCAGUCCAGCCUGGAGCUGUCCGUCGAGGCCAGCCGGUCGACCAUCAUCUACCUGACGGCGUCGGCCAACCGAAUAGCCAGCGAGGCGUUCUGGGCAUUCAUCUUUUACCCCAUGUCGGCGCUCAUGACGCUCUUCUUCAGCAUCCUGCGGCGGCCGCGCGGCGAGGACACACUUCAAGACUUGGAUCUCAUCUUCAAGUCGCUGGACAUUGUGCGCACGAUGCCGAUUCAUGUCACGGUGCCGUUUGCGACAGAGUACUUGACGCGAGUGGAUGCGUUUGUCAAGGAGCUGCACAGACUGGCCAAGGGGGCGAUAGAGCGCGCAGCCCGUGAAGAGCUCAACAACACUAUAUAA